UAUCAUAGUCAUAAUCGUCAUCAUCAUCAUCAAUAAAAUAACCAAACCAAACAUUCACCUGUCAUAAUUUCAAUUCGGUUCGUAUGUAUAAUAAUUGAACCAGAUACAAGACAUACUUAUUUUAUACUCUGUGUGCACAUUGAUAAAUUAUUUAAGCACAAUUAACGGUCUAAACAACUGAAAUUUCUGUCGUCACUUUCUCAUGCAAUUAUCAUAGUUAUUGGAAAAAAACACCGAUAACGAAAGUGUAUUUGUUUAUUCACAUUCUGAUAAGUUACUUGAACUAACACUUUAACAAAAUAAAAAAAGAUGUCAGAUAUUCUUCUGGCUGAAUACACAUUGAAACGUGCUUUACGUGAACAUACCACAGAUUUGGCUCCAACAAGUAACCCACACUUAUUAUGUACACCACUACCUAAACAUUGGAGGUCGAAUAAAUCACUACCUAGUCAGUUUCGUGUAGUCAGUUUAAUCCCAGUACCAGAUGGUACACGUGUGACUGUGACAGCGGGAAAUGAAGAACGCCCAUGUGCUGAAUUAAAAAACCCAGUUACAAUAAUGCAUGGACAUGAAGCACGAUUUAGUGAUCUACGGUUUCUUGGUCGCAGUGGUCGUGGUAAAUCUUUCAAUAUAACCAUCACCAUUGAAACCACACCACCAAUUGUAGCUCUCUACGCUAGAGCAAUCAAAGUGACAGUGGAUGGGCCACGUGUACCAAGAAGUAAAUAUUCAACAGUAAGAACAGGCAGAAUUUACAAGGAAAUGAAACGAUUGGGAUCAAGACAUCAAAAUCUAUGUGAACAUUCAACUAUUAAUCGUUCUUUUCCCAGUCGUAACAACUAUCCGAUUCCAGAAGAUCUUCAAAGAAACAAAAUGAAAAGGGCAACACAUGAGACAAACUCUCAUGGAUUUAGCGAUAAAUUUAAAAAACACAGCAUUCUAUCAACUCGGUUUUCGCCACCAAUGUUGAUUCGGGAAGAUUUGGCCCCUAUUACAUCAGAAACAGUAAAUAUCACAAAUAAUGCGACUAAAUCAUUAAAUCUUCCUCGGUCGACUCAAAAGACAAAUGACAAGUCAUCUUCUCCGACUGAAAGCUCAAUAAAAUCUUUCAGUUCAAUUAGUGACACAAGUGGGAUAGGAUUUUCACCAUAUGAAUCAACUUAUUUACUGUCUUCAAUUAAUGAGGCCUAUGCGAAAUUAUUGGCAAGGCAAGCAUAUUUGGAUAAAAUGACAUUUAAUGCAACAACAACUUCAAAUAAUACAAAUUCAUUGACCCAUAUUGCGGUGAAUACUCCUGGUUUCGUAACGACUAUCCCUCAAAAUGUUGGCAGUACAGAUGGAAGUAAGAUUACGAAUACAGUGAAUACUGGUACGCAAAUGAAGGACAAUUACAUUCCACACUCCUUAGAGACAUUUUCACCUGUUUCGUUAUUCUCAACAUUAUUGCAUUGUAAUAAUGUUGACAGUCGAAUUAGUUCGAAUCUUAUCCCCACUAAACAUCAUCAAGAUGUCAAUUGCACUACUCCCGCAUAUCCGUCUAUGUUAAACUUAGAAGCUAUCGGACCUAGUAUAAAUUCGGUGAAAACUCCUUUCCAACUACAGGAAGCGCAUGACACUGUUACUCCUGUUCGAAUUAAUUAUUUAGAUACAUCUGGUUGUAGGAAUACUAGCACUAACUCUCAAACAGAUAAUGCACAAAAUCACUUAGACUGUCUUCGGGGUGUACCACAAAACAAUGCAUCACGUGAUAGACCUUGCCAGUCAAAUGACUCAUCCUGUUCAUUAUUAUCAUCAUUUUUAUAUUCAAAUAUGACUUCAGAGUUAAACCCAACAAAAUUGAACCUAAAUGAAGGUAAAACUAAUGUACAACCAGGUUAUUCGAAAUGGGAAGAAUUUGAUUAUCGUCAUUAUUAUAAUGCAUUUACAACAUUUCUUUCAGGAAUGUUAAACAUGUCAGGUAUAAAUUCCAAUUGUUUGGGGACCAAAAAACUGAAUGAAUCUACUUGUGAUAAUGAUAAUUUCCGAAAUAUACAUUCUAGUUUCAACAAAAUGAAAUGGAAUCGACAUGUUCUUAAUAAUAAAAAUAACAUUACGUCAUGUUUAAACAAUGAAUCUACAGAUAUGAACUCAACAUUGAACCAAACAUCUGAUAAGAAUGACUCAUCAAAUCAUGUGCUAAGUAUAGAACAUUUGUUAGAUUUGAAUACACACGGUACUGCAAACAAUGAUACAGAUCAUAGUAAACAUGACAAUAAACAUAUGUCAGCAGAUGAAAGUAGUCCUGAUUAUUCAAAUUUCAUGAGUACCCCCAAUAAUAAGCAUAAUUAUGUAAAUUAUUUUCCUCAAACUGUACCAGAUCCAUUGUUGAUCAAAUCAAUUUUGGCUCGUCAUUUAAUCGAAAAUAAAUCGUUUAGAGUUUGAAACUAAUUUAUUAUAUUUGUAGAAGGUUAAUAUAGUGAAUUUAGGAGGCAGCACAAGUGAUCUUCAUCUGUUUUCAUCAUAAUUAUGACAUAUAGAGACUAUGUAAACAUACACAUGCGUAUACAAACUUUUACAAUAUUGUAUUACGUUAACAUUUUACCUCA